AUGCGGGAGGGCUGCGGGGCGGAGCGAGGAUCGCGGCCUGGCGGCGGGAGCGGCCGCAGCCUCAGUGUCUGGAACUUGAAGUAACGAAACAUGUCUCAGUCAGGUGAAAAAGUAAAGUUUUCCGACUCGGCAGGCUAUGUGGGAUUUGCUAAUCUGCCCAACCAGGUUCACAGGAAAUCUGUGAAGAAGGGCUUUGAAUUCACACUGAUGGUGGUUGGUGAGUCUGGCUUAGGAAAAUCCACUUUAAUUAACAGUCUGUUCCUGACUGAUCUUUAUCCAGAACGUUAUAUUCCUGGAGCUGCAGAGAAAAUAGAGAGAACAGUUCAAAUCGAAGCUUCUACAGUAGAGAUAGAGGAGCGAGGGGUGAAGCUGCGUUUAACUGUAGUUGACACACCAGGAUAUGGAGAUGCCAUUAACAGCCAGGACUGCUUCAAAACAAUUAUCCACUACAUUGACAACCAGUUUGAGAGAUACCUGCAUGAUGAGAGUGGUCUGAACAGGCGCCACAUCAUAGACAACAGAGUCCACUGCUGCUUCUACUUCAUCUCUCCUUUUGGGCACGGACUGAAGCCAUUAGAUGUAGAGUUCAUGAAGGCUCUUCAUGGAAAAGUCAACAUUGUCCCUGUGAUUGCCAAGGCUGACACCCUGACGCUGAAGGAGAGGGAGAGGCUGAAGAGAAGAGUUCUGGAUGAGAUUUCUGAACAUGGCAUUAGGAUUUAUCAGCUGCCUGAUGCAGAUUCUGAUGAAGAUGAGGAAUUUAAAGAACAAACCAGAGUUUUAAAGGCUAGYAUUCCCUUUGCUGUUAUUGGAUCCAAUCAACUUAUUGAAGUGAAGGGGAAAAAAAUCCGAGGCCGCCUGUAUCCCUGGGGAGUUGUUGAAGUUGAAAAUCCAGAGCACAAUGAUUUCCUCAAGCUGCGCACAAUGCUGGUAACACACAUGCAGGACCUGCAGGAGGUGACCCAAGACUUGCACUACGAGAACUUCCGUUCCGAGAGGCUAAAACGCACUGGCAAGCCUGUUGAAGAGGAAGUGGUAGACAAGGAUAGAAUCCUCCAGCAGAAAGAGGCUGAGCUACGCCGCAUGCAGGAGAUGAUUGCCCAGAUGCAAGCCCAGAUGAGGAUGAAGCCUGGUGAUGACUAAGAUGCUUAACAUCUGGAUACAUCAGCAGCAUACGGUUCUCUAAGUGGAUGGGUGCUCUGUAUUCUUUGCCCAAGUGGUAACGUUCAAAUGCAAAAGCUGGAUGCCACAGACCAAGACCUGCGUUAAAACAAACACAAAGUCUGAAGAUUGUGUUGUAAAACUGCUYGUUUUAUAUAUUCAAUGUUAUUCAACUUAUAGUGUAUCUUUUUGGAUUCUUUUGGUAACACUGUCUUCAUACUUAUCCAUGUGAUUUUAUUAUCCUUCCUAUACCUUUUUAUUCAGAAACUGCUAAGAGUACACUGCUUGGACUAGUCACUGUGGUGGGUUUAAGGAAUUAAUCAUUUAUCUGCUAGGUUGUUCUGAAUGGUUUCGUGGUUAACACUAAGACUUUGUGGCCUGUUUACAGUAAAUGUACGUGUGUUUGCACAGUGUUAUAACUUUCACCUGCCAUUUUAGGUUAUUAUGUAUCGUAUCAGUUUCUCAGAACUUUCUCUGUGCUUUUGUUGCUUUUGAAGCUUCAUCYCUGGUGAUUUGCAUUUGUGUGAUGUAUGAGAAAAUGUACAAAGCGCCGAUGAUUCACCAGUGAUUCAAAAAAGCUGACUUUUCUAAAUCUCYGUGCCUUAACACACCAUAAACACUCCACACACCAMCAACUUGUGUGGAUGCCUCUGGAGKUUUGGCUUCAGGUCUCAAAUAUUGAUGGCAAAAAUUUGUCACAGGCAUUUCUGUCAGCUGAACAAUGGCAUGUACUGAAUUUUUAUAUAUACCAUAGCACUACUUUUCAUUGAAGUUUUGUAAUAAAUUGUAUGAAUGUGGAAAACAUUGACUUUUUUGGGGUGGUUUUUGUUGUUCUAUUUCAUUUUGCCUUUUCACGCUUAUGUAUGAAACUCUGUAAUGGCAUUGUGGACAGUGCAUAUUCAAAGGAAUUGUGAUGUUUACCCUGAAGGUGUUUUGAAAGUGUUUUCUAAAAUUUGUCUACCUGCAAACUGCUUUGAUUUCAUUUCAAAACAACUUUCAAAGUGUUUUACCUGGAAGUUAGGUAGCAAAGCUUCAUAUCCACUUUUUUCCCAAAGUUCAUUAGGCAUCUACUGAUGUCUUUAGAUGGGUGAAUGUCUUGGAAAAUCUUUUUACACACCUUACUUUAUAGGUUCAUGAAUGUUGCUAUUUCCUUUAUGUCAUUACUGAGUUAUAGCUCUCUUCUGCAUUCUUUUGUAGUUGUGUGUUUUAUAUAUGCACAAGUGUAAAUUACUUUCCAAGUAUGGAGUUGAGACACUUUGUCUUCUGUACUAAAUUGGGGUGUCUUUCAUGUAAUGAUUACCCCUAAUUUUGCUGUCUAGCAAUGAGUGUUUGAUCAGGAUAGGAUUCAUAAAUUAUUGGCAUCACAAGAAUGCAUAUUGGCUUAUUUGGAGUUCAACUGCAUAAAGUGGACAUUACGUUGUUACUUCAGUGGCUGCUGUAAUGAAGUUGAAAGAAGAAAUGGAGUGACAGAUUUGCAUUCACACAAAUUUUCUUCUGAUUUUAUGAAGAUUUGAAUUUAACCAUGUCUGUCUGUCCAAAGGCCCAAGGUGAGAGAUUUAAUAGCAAUUUUUUUUUCAUCAUUUGUUUGCUGUCGUUUGCACCUUUCUUCUUGUUUUUCUUCCAGGGUUUUGCAUCAUAUUUUGCAACCUUCUUAAUUAUGUGCUGUCCAUUUGUGCUUGUUAAAGUCAGGACAGCCACACCCCUCCUGAGGAACCCAGACUUCAUCUGGAGACAUGAGUUACAAGCUGGGUUAGCUCUCUGAGCAAAGGUGGCAUGAAAGCUUAGUCUUUCAAAGCCAGCUAGGGCAACGGGGAAGCAGACUGUCAAAAACAUCUAGUCUUUAAAAAACCUUCUGUUUUUAA